AUGCGAGAUGGUGGGAUAGAAUUAAUCAAUCGGCGCUUCAAUAUACGCACAUUUAGGUCGGAGCUGACCGAAGAAGAAUACGAAGAGGCGAAGCGAGAAACGCAGGAACAGCUGGCUAUUUUCCACGACACGUUGAACAACAUUUCCAGCGGCAGUACGACUUUAAUCGACGAACUGAGCGCCAUGAAAAUGAUGAUCAAAACGGCGAUUUCAGAAGCGUUCAAGACUCCGGAGGUUAUUCGGUUGUUGGCAGAUAAGCAACCAGCUAAGUUGAGGUAUAGACUCGAACUGUUGGAGCGUGAUAACAAAGCCGGGUCUCUGUCGUUCAGUCAGUACUUGUUAUCCAAAAGGGAGAUAUUAACGGCCCUUCGUGACCUUGGUGACACAUUGUCGCCAGAAGAAACUGAAUUGUUAGCGAACGAUGGAUCAGAGUUGAGGGAUUCGCUGCAACCUGUCAUAACUGAUGGACAUCUGUCUUCUGAACAGAUAUUCGUUUGCGGAGAGGAAAUCCCAAGGAUGCUGAGUGAAUGGUAUCUGGCAGUUGAAAAGAUUCGCGCCAUUGCGACUAACUAA